GGCGCGCCGGCGGCGAGUAUCUGCGCGUGAGGAGGCAGAGGUUCUGUGUGGCCGAUCUUUUACUGAUAUGUUCUGUCUCCGCUGCAGAAGUUUCACGGCAACAGGGAGCAAGAAUCAGCCAUCUUUCCGAGUCACGACCUCGUGUGCAGGUAGAGGCCGCUGCAAUGGCACUGUGGACUGGGCUGGGCCAGGCGGCGACGGUGGCGCAGCUGGUCGGCGCAGACGUCGGCGGCCUCAUCUCUAUGAUCAUGCAGGCUGCACUGACUGCAAGGCAGAACAGGAAGGAGUGCGAGCAGCUCGCGCGCCGGGUCCUCAUGAUCGCGCAGCUGCUACCGCACGUGCAGGACCCAGAGGCGGCACAACAGCUUGCCGGACUGGGCGACACACUCCGGGAUGCCCACGAGCUCGUCGUGUCAUCUCAAGGGAGGAGCGCGGCGUACCAGUUCGUCAUGGCUGGCAGGCUGGCCGAGAGGUUCAAGGAGGUGCAGAGCAAGAUCGACUUCUACCUCAUCCUCUUCCCCGUCAUCAGCCACAUCGGCAUAACACGCCGCCUUGAGCGAAUCUACAACGUCCUUGUGCAAGAUGACUCCACCAGAGCUGACCCAUCAUCUCAACUUACACUGUCAUCCCAGCUGCAGGAGUCUACAGAGGUCACUCAGGAGGAGGUAGUUCCACAUGGAACCCAGGAAUUCACCUUAGCGGAGAUAAUGGCUUACACCAAUAACUUUUCGCGUGACAACCUGAUUGGUGAAGGUAGCCAUGGAAAUGUGUACCAUGGCAGGCUUCACGAUGGGCGGGAGGUGGCUGUGAAGCGCAUGGAGUUGACCAAUUUACAGGAGGUCGACACGGAACUUGCCAUCCUGUCACGGCUGCGACACAAACACAUCAUCCGCCUCCUUGGAUCGUGUGUGACUCUGAGCAAGGACAAGCGCCUGCAAGCCACCACACUAAAGAAGAAAAAGGGCCUGCUAAAAAGGUGGAGAAAGGAACCGAAAGAGCCGGAAUCGCCGGAAGUGCUGAAGAGGCACAUUGUCUAUGAGUACAUGGAGAACGGCACGCUCUUCGACCACCUGCACUCUGUCGAUGGCUCAUCCGACAUGUCGCCUGUGACUUCGUCGUGGAAGAUCCGCAUCAACGUGCUCCUCGGAGUGUCGCGUGCCAUGGAGCACCUGCACUGUCAUGCCAACCCACCGAUCAUCCACCGUGAUACCAAGUCGGCUAACAUCCUUUUGGAUGCCAAUUGGGUUCCGCGUGUGUCAGACUUUGGCUUGUCGGUCGCCUGGGACACCGCGAGUGAUGAGUCGGUGAUGCAAGUCUACCAAAUUGUAGGCACACAUGGGUACAUGGCCCCUGAGUACGUAUUCCAUGGUCUUAUAACUCCGGCGAUUGACGUGUACAGCUUGGGUGUGAUGAUGCUCGAGGUUCUGACAGGGAAGAAUGCAUAUUCUGAAGAGGUGACAUUUGCAGAUCUCCCCAUCGUACCGUGUCAUUUGGACAUGCGACCUGUACCGGAGCCAACACCAUGGCAGCUGCAGGCGCUGAAGCGUGUGGCAUGGACUGCACGAUGCUGUGUGAAGUUGGAUGCAAAGGACCGGAUGGCCAUUUCAGAGGUCGCUGCCAACCUUGAGAAGGCACAUGAGUUGAUCUGCAGAGAUGAGCCAGGUUCAAUAGAUGAACCAGAUUUGUUUGACGAGUUGCCAGACUCACCACGUGCCAGCAGCGUGUCAUCGGAAGGCUACCGGUCCGAUCUGGAACCUGAGGUGUUGGAGGAGGGGCGUUGACACCACCUUGAAGGCGGUCUCUGGCUUCAAUCACCCGAUGAGCAUCCUGCUACGACACGUAGGUAAUGCCAUAUUUGGGUAAUCAACAUGCGCUUGUUGGCAUGGGCGCCUUAGCACAUCCUCAUAACAAGCAAGACACCGGUUAUAGCACAUAUUUGUAUGGAAGAUAGCACGACAAUAUGCAUGUACUUCAGAACUGAGAUAGGAAAGUGAACCUAAAUAAAUUUAGAGAGUGCAGUUAGACAAGACUACGAAUAAUUUGAGCAAGACAACAUACCAGUUCAUCAUGUCUAGUGUUUGAGCAAGCUAGUAAAGAAUGCAGCUCAUAACACACUGUUUUCUUUAGCAGAUGAUGUUGCCAUACACUAUCAGACAGAGAACAGGACAAUGCAUAGGCUAGAGUAUAAUAGUUAUGCACAAGAUUAUUGAAGUAUAAAAAUAGGAGAAACUAAAUAAAUUCAGAGAUUACCUGGAUAACAGUGUGCAUAGGAGAGAAAAUAAAUUAAUGGAAUGUACUCAGAGUGAAGCAAAUCUGAGACAUUCUCACAUGCUAAUGCAACACUAAUUCCAACAAAUUCUCAUUUCUUGCUAUAUAACAAGCAUGUCACGACCUAUGUAUGGCUAGAGCAUUUAAAUAAAAACAUGAACAAGCUGAACUACAUACCUUCUAAUCCUCUUUGAGAAAUUGAUCUCUGAAACUUGUGACAGGCAUCAUGGCUAUCUCGUAUGCCCAUGGCUCCAUUCUUGUAGUGCCAGCAUUCAACAUCUCUGUGAACUUGUCAAAUAAUUUAGUUCUUUCCUCUGCGAACACAGCCACUGUCCUCUCCUUCAUUGCCUUGUAUGCAAGUCGAUUAGCUUCUACCUUGUAAGCAGAUAGUCAACUCUGCAGUUCUACUGUCUCAUCAGUUUGGACCUUUGUAUC